AAAGAAUGUUGCCUACAAACCUAUAUCGAACAUCGUUGAUAAUUGAUAAUCACGGGACACGUCAACAAACUUGAGGCGCCAAGUCCACAUAGCCCUGGCACAAGACGUUCAUUCACUUCUCGCUCCUUGACACUACCAGAUAAUCGACCCGUUGCUUCUUCCUUCACUAUGGCCACUCCCGGCGACAAGAAGCAGCUUCCCCCACCCAUGCCUUAUGAGUCGCUCCCAGACUACCACAAUGCCACAAGCUCUUCCGCACAUUUUCCCUAUGACCGUGCACCACAGGAAGGGGAUGCACUGAUAGGUUCAGACGGCCACUCAGAGAAAUUUAAUCGAAGCCCCAAAUACAAAGAUGUCUGGGCGACAGUUUUGUUCGUUGUCCACCUUGUUGUUUUGGUUUUGUUGGCUGUGGCAGGCUUCCGUGUGGACCUUCCUCCGGCGUCCGCAAGGGCGGUACAGGGCGCCGAUCCUUCUGUUCCAGUCGGGGACAACCUGCCAUUAUCGACGCUUUAUGGCCUGAUUGCAGUAAUGAUUUUUGGAGGUUUGGGCUUGACGGUUGCCUACUUUAUGGCCUUGGAAAGAUAUGCUCGACACAUGAUCCAAACCUCGUUCUUUCUCAAUACCGCAAUUUCAGCUGUCAUCGGCGUAUUUAAUCUUGCGUCCGGUGCUUUCAUUGCCGCGCUCUUCGCCUUACUCUAUGCAGGCAUUCACAUCUUCAUGUACUUUGCUUACCGGUCUCGCAUGGAUUUCGCGCGCGUGAUUUUGGAGAAUGUGACCACAGUCACAAAGAUGUAUCCCGGCACAGUGAUAACGGGUAUUCUGGGUGUUGCUGGACAGACUGUUUGGAGCAUAGGAUGGAUUAUUGCAGCUAUCGGCGGUGCCAGGGUGAUUCAGACGGUGGAGUCUGACGGCGUAAAGUAUGCUGUUGCCGUUUAUCUAAGCUUUUCCUUGUACUGGACGUCCCAAAUCAUUAAGAACGUGGUGCAUGUCACUGUCUCUGGAGUGUUUGCAACGUUUUACUUUACCGGCAUCUCCACCGCGGAUGGUGCCGUCGUUGUCCCAGUCCGCAAUCCGACCCUUAAAAGUGCCAAACGUGCCUUGACAACAAGUUUCGGUCCAAUUGCGUUUGGAUCUCUUAUUAUUGCCCUAAUUCAAACCCUCCGUGGCGUACUCCAAACCAUUCGUCGGAAUGCCCGGGAGGAGAAUAACAAUAUUAUGGUUCUUGCUGCCACAUGCGCCGAGUGUAUUCUGUCCCUCCUAGAAGGCCUCGUCGCAUUUAUUAACGUUUACGCCUACACUCAAGUGGCCAUCUACGGCAAAUCUUAUCUCGAGGCUGCUCGCGAUACGUGGGCCCUUAUCCGUGCCCGAGGCAUUGAUCUCAUCAUCAACGAUGAUCUGACAUCGGGCGUACUUACAAUGGGCGCGCUUCUUAUUGGCUUGGCGAACGCUUUUGUGGCUUACGUUUUCUUGUACUUGUCAUCGGUACCAAAGACGAAAGAAUUGGAGGUGAUCGCGGCGAUUAUUGCCUUUGUAGUGGCGUUUGCGCAGUUUUGGGUCUUGGCAGAGACGAUUCGGAGUGGAGUGGCAACUACCUUUGUGUGCCUGGCUGAAGAUCCGAUCGCAUUGGCUCGUACGAAGCCGGAUUUGUAUGAAAAGAUCCGCGCCGCUUACCCUACCAGUGGUGUUGCAAGCGAUGUCUAGCGACAAUGAAAUGUAUCUUCCUUGGAUUCCCUUCAUUUGAACGUUGAUCUAUUAGAAUUUCUACAAUGAGCGCCGUUAUUGGGCAUCAAACUUUGGAUGAUUUUAGUACCGCAUGUAUUAUUGUUGUUUUUGAAUAUCAUAAAUGAAUCUGCGCGUGGGCGGUGUUUUUCGUAACUUGAAUCGGG